UGGUUAUUAAUAUAUUGAUUGAAAUAUGAAUUAUUCUGCAAAUACGAAGAAAUGCAAGGUAUUAAGAAAGCCCUCUCUACCUCAAAUAUCAAUCAAAACAUUUUGAAGACUUCCUAUGCUGUCCGUGGUAAGGUCGUCAUUCGUGCUAAUCAAAUUGAACACGAAUUAAAGACAAAUCCAUCCAAAUUCCCAUUCCAAGGAAUUGUCUACUGCAACAUUGGUAAUCCACAACAAUUGAAGCAAAAGCCAUUGUCUUUCCAUCGUAAUGUUCUCUCAUUGUUGACUGCUUCUCACUUGAUGGGUGAUUCUUCCAAGUCAAGCCAAUUGUCUCAAUUGUUCAAUGCUGAUGUUUUGGAUAGAGCUCAAAGAAUUAUGAGCCACAUUGAUGCCAAGUCAACUGGUGCUUAUACUCACUCUCAAGGUUACGAAUUUGUUCGUGAUGAUGUUGUUGAAUUCAUUGAAAAUAGAGAUGGACUUGCUAAGGGAACCAUUCAAACUGAUAGAAUCUUCUUGACUGAUGGUGCUUCUCCAGGUGUUCAAUUGUGCUUGAAGAUGCUCAUUAGAAAUGAAAAGGACGGUAUCAUGAUUCCAAUUCCACAAUAUCCACUCUACUCUGCCACUAUUGAUUUGUGUGGUGGUUCUCAAGUUCCAUACUAUCUUGAAGAAGAAAAAGGAUGGGGUUUGGGUAUGCCAGAAUUGGAAAGAGCUUAUGAACAAGCUAUUAAGAAUGGUCAAAAUGUUCGUGCUUUGGUCAUUAUUAACCCAGGUAAUCCAACUGGUCAAGUUUUGGAAAGAAAGGAUAUGGAACAAAUUAUUCAAUUCUGUGUCAAUAAGGGAGUUGUCUUGUUGGCUGAUGAAGUUUAUCAAGAAAAUAACUACACUAAUGGUAAGAAGCCAUUCUACUCAUUCAACAAGAUUGCCUAUGAAAUGGGACUUCAAAAGGAAUUGGAAAUGGUCAGUUUCCACAGUGUUUCUAAGGGUUUCAUUGGUGAAUGUGGUAGAAGAGGUGGUUACUUCCAAUUGAGUGAAGCUAUUGAUCCAGCUGUUAAGGAAGAAUUGUACAAGAUUAGUAGUGUCAAUCUCUGUCCAAAUGCUGAUGGUCAAAUUAUGGUUGAUUUGAUGGUUCGUCCACCAUCUCAAGGUGAAGCCUCAUACCAAGAAUAUGUUGCUGAAAGAGACAAUAUUUUGAAUAGCUUGAAGAGAAGAGCUGAAAAGUUGGUCAAGAUGUUGAACAGUUUGGAAGGUGUUAGUUGCCAACCAGUUGAAGGUGCCAUGUAUGCUUUCCCACAAAUUACUCUCCCAGAAAAGGCCAUUCAAAAGGCUAAGGAAAUGGGUGUUGCUCCAGAUUUGAUGUACGUUUUGGAAUUGUUGGAAGAAACUGGUAUCUGUGUCGUUCCAGGUUCUGGUUUCCAACAAAAGCCAGGUACUUAUCACUUUAGAACUACCAUUUUACCAAGCGAAGAACAAAUUGAAGGUGUUGUCCAAACUUUGGCCAAAUUCCACGACAAGUUCAUGAAGCAAUACAAGUAAAUCUCUUUUAUUUUAAUCUUUAAAUAUUU